AUGAUGAUGAUGAAUGUUGAGCAUAUUGUUAUGAUUUUGGUAUUAUUUGGUUUUUAUGUCAUUGCAAAAUGCGAGGUUUAUAUAGUAACGAUUGAAGGAGAUCCGGUGAUAAGUUAUAGGGGUGGCAUUGAUGGUUUUGAAGCCACUGCUGUAGAAUCUGAUCAGAAGCUUGAUGUCACCAGUGAUUUGGUUAUGGCAUACUCCGAUCACCUUGAAACGAGGCAUGAUAAGCUUCUUGAAACGCUAUUUGAAGAUGAAACGUACACGAAAUUGUAUAGCUACAAGCAUCUGAUCAAUGGUUUCGCCGUCCAUCUUUCUCCUGAACAGGCAGAAACGCUUAGACGAAUCCCUGGUGUGAAGUCGGUGGAUCGAGAUUGGAAGGUGCGGAAACUUACCACACACACACCACAGUUUUUGGGGCUUCCAACCGGAGUUUGGCCAACUGGUGGCGGAUUUGAUCGAGCUGGAGAGAACAUUGUGAUCGGAUUUGUGGAUUCGGGUAUUUUCCCGCACCAUCCAAGCUUUCAGAAUACCAAAAGCGAACCCUAUGAGCCGCUGCCAAGAUAUAGAGGGAAAUGUGAAGUUGAUCCCCAUACAAAGAGAAGUUUCUGCAAUGGAAAGAUUGUUGGGGCUCAACAUUUUGCAAAAGCUGCUACGGCCGCUGGCGCAUUUAAUCCUUCGAUUGAUUUUGCUUCUCCUUUGGAUGGUGAUGGGCAUGGAAGUCACACUGCAGCAAUUGCGGCCGGAAACAACGGGAUUCCUGUGCGUGUGCAUGGUUAUGAGUAUGGAAAAGCAAGCGGAAUGGCUCCUCGUGCUAGGAUUGCGGUGUACAAGUCACUAUAUAGGCUCUUUGGAGGAUUCGUUGCCGAUGUCGUUGCUGCCAUCGAGCAGGCGGUUCAUGAUGGUGUCGACAUUCUGAAUCUCUCAGUUGGCCCCAACAGUCCUCCAGCUACCACGAGGACCACGUUUUUGAAUCCAUUUGAUGCUGUACUUCUCUCGGCCGUAAGAUCCGGAGUUUUUGUUGCACAAGCGGCCGGAAAUGGAGGCCCGUUUUCCAAAACUUUAGUGUCGUAUAGUCCAUGGAUUGUAUCUGUAGCUGCCGCUGUUGAUGAUCGGAGAUAUAAAAACCAUUUGACACUCGGAAAUGGCAAGAUCCUAGCUGGAAUCGGCAUGUCACCUGCUACGCGGAUGAAUCAACGCUAUACCCUUGUUGCUGCGAAUGAUGUCUUGUUGGAUUCUUCGGGCAAGGCUAGUACUGCGGAUUGCCAAAGGCCCGAAGUUCUAAACAAAAAUAUGGUGAAAGGGAACAUACUUCUAUGCGGAUAUUCCUUCAAUUUUGUCAUCGGAACUGCAUCGAUUGCAAAGGUCUCCGAAACAGCCAAGAGUCUUGGUGCAAUUGGUUUCGUUCUCGCUGUCGAAAACGUCUCUCCGGGAACAAAAUUCGAUCCUGUGCCAUCUGGCAUGCCCGGAAUUCUGAUCACCGAUGUUAGCAAGUCAAUGGAGCUUAUAGACUAUUACAAUAUCUCGACUUCAAGGGAUUGGACGGGACGAGUGAAGAGUUUCAAAGCGUUAGGAGCCAUUGGAGAUGGUUUGGAACCGAUCCUCCACAAAUCGGCACCGAUGGUUGCAUUGUUCUCUGCUCGAGGGCCAAACAUUAAAGAUUACAGCUUUCGAGAUGCGGAUCUUUUGAAACCUGAUAUUCUAGCACCCGGUUCUUUGAUUUGGGCUUCGUGGUCCCCCAAUGGAACCGAUGAGGCUAAUUACAUAGGAGAACACUUUGCUAUGAUCUCUGGAACCAGCAUGGCUGCACCACAUAUAGCCGGGAUCGCAGCUCUUGUGAAGCAGAAGCACCCUCACUGGAGCCCGGCUGCCAUCAAAUCGGCCUUGAUGACAACAUCAAAUACGCUCGAUAGAGCCGCGAGACCGAUUCUAGCCCAACAAUAUUCGGGUUCUGAAACAAUGACAUUUGUCAAGGCCACACCGUUUGAUUACGGCAGCGGCCAUGUCAACCCCCGAGCUGCUUUGGACCCUGGCCUUAUUUUCGAUGCAGGUUAUGAAGAUUAUCUAGGGUUCUUGUGCACCACACCCGGGCUCGACUCACACGAAAUCCGAAACUACACCCACCAGCCAUGCAACUACACGCUCGGCCAUCCGUACAAUCUAAACUCACCCUCAAUCACCGUUUCCCAUCUCGUAAGAACUCAAACCGUCACACGAACCGUAACAAACGUCAACGAAGAAGAGACGUACAAGAUCACGGCUAGAAUGGCACCAACAAUAGCCAUUGCAACGAGCCCACGAGCCAUGACUUUGAAACCAGGUGCAUCACAUAAGUUCUCUGUCACCCUAACCGUACGAACCGUCACAGGAACCUACGGUUUCGGUGAGGUUUUGUUGAAAGGAAGCCGAGGGCAUAAGGUACGGAUCCCGGUUGUAGCCAUGGGUUACGAUCGGUAAUUUGUGGUGGUUGUCGGAAAGCUCGUAUGCUGUUUAUUCUUUGUAAAAGUGUUCAAUAAUAAGACGUAGAAAAAGGUAGGUGUAAAGAGAAUGUAGCGUCUCUUGCGUUACUAUUAAGUUUUGCUGGUGCCACGGCCACUUCCCGACGUUACAGUUCGAAUGCUGCUUCGAUUGUACCAUAUGCUUCUUCAAUUGUACGUUAUCGGAGGCGAAACCAAAACCAAAACCGUGCAUUUUGGUAUGAAGUUGUAUCUUUUGGUUCCCAGAAAUGAAGUCGAUCUGGUGAUACGAUCUAGGGACGUAAACAAGUUGAAUCGGUACCGAGCUCAAUGAGACCGAGUAUUGCUUGAAUUUGAGUCGUGUCGGCAAGUUUUUGAGGUGAGCUUGAGUGGCUCGGCUCGAUUGAGUUUCGUUUUGAAAUCGUUGUGCGGAGUUAUAACGGUUGAAUUUAGAGUAGUAAUGUUGUAAUGAUUUGUAUUUCAUGUAGUAGAAUUUAUAUAUAUUCUUCGUAUUUUUCUUGUAAUUGUGGGCUUUCGGGCCAGCUUGCUCUCACCUCGAUUAAUUUCUAUGGCAUGGAGUUAACACUCGUUUUUAAGCA